AUGUCGCAACGAAACUCGUGGAAAGACUACUCGAAAAAGGGCCUCGGCUUCGGAAAGAAGGGCUUCGACAAAGCAUGGCAGGCUCUCGACAAACUAGGUGCCCCCGUUAAUCGGCUUUCGAACCGGGUCGGCGCAGAGGCAUUCUGGCCUACAACACUAGACAAAGAGAGCGACAAGGCAGCUCGUAUCCUGAGAAGCUUCUGCAAAGAUGGCUUCUAUGAUCAAAUUGACGCCGAUGCCGCGGCCAAAGCUACGCAGGAGAAAGAGCUUGCCGAUUCGAACAAAAAGAUUGAUCGACCAAACGGCAAGCAACGAGUGUUGGUGAAAAUCCCGACGGAAGUCAUCAAGAAAGCAAAGGGUAUAGCCAUCUUUACGACCAUGCGCACUGGUCUUUGGUUCAGCGGUGCUGGCGGCAGUGGAGUCUUGAUGGCUCGCAUCCCAGAAACUGGAGAAUGGAGUCCGCCUUCCGGAAUCCUACUACACACUGCGGCUAUUGGAUUCCUGGUUGGUGUUGACAUCUACGACUGCGUCGUUAUUAUAAAUACAUACGAGGCUCUUGAAGGGUUCAAGAAAUUACGAGCGACCCUUGGUGGUGAGCUUAGCGCAACAGCCGGUCCCGUCGGAGCUGGUGGCAUUCUCGACAGCGAAGUCCAUAAACGACAAGCACCCAUAUGGACCUACAUGAAGAGCCGUGGUCUAUAUGCAGGUGUUCAGGUUGACGGGACGAUCAUUGUCGAAAGAACAGAUGAGAAUGCUCGCUUCUACGGACGGAAAAUAUCCGCUCAUGAGAUUCUGUCCGGCAAAGUCACACAUCCACCCGAGACUAUUCGAACUCUGAUGCGGACACUCAAAGCCGCGCAAGGUGAUCAGGACGUGAGCGAAAGCGAGCUACCACCCGCUGGAGAGGCCCCCGCUGAUCACAUCAUUAUCAACGAGAACGAUGGUUUUGGUGUUCCGGCGGCCGAUGAUCCUGACCCAUAUGGAGUGCGUGCCUUGGAAGACCAAGGCAUGUUCAUUCGCGAAGCGGGAACGCACAACCGUCCAAGUCAAGAGGUCUUUGAAUUCCGCCCUAGUCCUUCAAGUCCAAUUUAUAACUCAUUUGUUAGACAAAGCAUUGAUUCGUCACCACGACAGAGUUGGCGGGCCAGUAUGCAAAGCACAAAGAGCUAUGUUAGUGUAGAUAGGGGGACCCAAACAGAAGAUGUCCAGCCACGCUCAAUUAGUGUUGCCUCGUCUCGCAGUCUUCGAGAGACAGCGGAGUCACCCGUCGAGAACCCGUGGGAUACGCCUGAUACAUCGGAAGACCACGAUGUUACGUCUGAUAGCAAUGGCGAUUUCGAGAUUCACGACGCAAGCACCACAGUUGCAAAGCCUGAGCCUGCUCGUUCAGUGAUAUCGACCACUUCGGAUGAGAGUCCUUCGGCUGCAAACUUUUCACGCCCACGUUUAGUCACAAUUCCGAAAAGAGUUCCGCCUGCGCUUCCGCCACGCAAUCCUGUGCGCAGACGUGGAUCACAAUCCACUCAGGGAUCAGUCGUCGCUGGUCCUACAUCUCCAUCUGCCUCCACACACGGCGAAUCAGCUGCCAUUGAUUCCGCAUCUGAUGGCGAAAAGACUGGUGUCGAGAAAGCAGCAGAGGAUCUAAAAGAACCGCACGUCGAUGCUACCGCUCCUGAAACUGUGGAAAAGGAUGAAUUCCAUUCAACCUCGACUUCACCAACGGAAGAGUUUAAACCUCUUGAACUGAAGGAUGAGGCACAAGAUGAGACGAAAGAAGAGGUGAAAGAGGAGGCAAAAGAAGAGGCAAAAAAGGAUUUUAAACCACAGGCGGAAGUAGCGACAUAA